AUGAGUCCUAAGAGCGAGGGUAAGCAUGACGAAAUACCCAAGCCUAAUGACGAAUGUAAAAACGUACCCAAUAACACGAAUGUGCAUGUGACUACUCCUAAUAGUAACUUGCAUGCUGGAACUGGUAGCCUGGUUGCCUUGCAGACUGCACGUGGCGUUUUAAGGGGGGAAAGGGUGGUUAAGGUGCGGGUCCUCUUUGACGCGGGAAGUCAUCGUUCCUUUGUUACUUCCAAAGCAGCUGGUCUCGCGAAUCCCAGGGGUAUAAGAAGGGAAUUGUUAGGAAUUAAUACGUUCGGUCAAAAAUGCGUAAAAGCCGAGCACAGGGAAGUGGUUGAAUUAAAGCUUGAACCUCUUAACGGAAAUAAGGUUAUCACACUGGAAGCAUUUGUAGUGCCGGAAAUAUGUAGCAUAGGAAAUAGCCAUGUAGAGAUAGCGCGGAGGGAGUAUAAACAUCUGGAAGGUAUAUGGUUUUCAGAUGUUUCUAAGUCAGAAGAUGAGUUAGAAGUAGAUGUUCUGAUAGGGGCAGACUACCUUUGGAGCUUUCAGACAGGGACAACCAAGAGAGGUAAAUCAGGAGAACCUGUUGCUAUAGAAACAGAAUUAGGGUGGGUUUUAUCAGGACCGCUGAGAGUACAAGACAUUGAGAGAGCGGAGCCAGUCCAAGUGAAUUUUGUAGCACAGAGAUUGAGUAGUGAAGACAGUUUGGAGAGUAAUGUGCAAAAAUUAUGGAGUUUUGAAGGGUUAGGCAUUAGUGAGGAAGAUAAGGUACAUGAAGAGUUUUUAGAUGAAAUAUCAUUUACAGGAAGUAGAUAUUCAGUCAAACUGCCCUGGAAGGAGAGCCAUAAGAAGUUGCCUGACAACUAUGCAAAUAGCUUAAGUAGAAUGAAGGGUCAGCUGCGACGACUGAGGAAAGAGCCAGCAUUGUUAGCAGAGUAUGAUUCUAUCAUCAGAGACCAGGUAGAGCGAGGGAUAGUGGAGCCAGUAUCUGCAUUAGAGAAGGUUGAAAGGGUUCAUUAUUUACCACACCAGGCAGUAUUCGCAGGGAGGCAGUGA